CGUCAGUCAUGCAGGAGCGCAAGGUGACCGGCAAGUCGCGCGGCGACGAUACUAGCGCUGCCGUCCCACGGCAUGUGUCGUUCACGGAACAUGAUGUCCGCUCGUCGCAUUACAAUGCUUCCCCCACCGCGCUGGAAUGGUCAGCAGUGGACAGCCGUGUAUCUGCCACGAGCAAAUCGUGGCAGAUCGCCAACGUCGUCCAACUGCUUCGACGUGAACUGUUCGACAUGUUCCUCCCUUUUGGGUACCCUGACAGCGUCAGCCACGAAUACCUGACGUUUCAGCUGUGGGAUACGUGUCAGGCCAUGUGCAGCUACCUUCGGGGCGUCCUGGCCACCCAAUCCGUCCUGGAGAGUGUCGGGGUCGGCAAAGACUCCGUGACUCCGUUGGCCGCGGCGCUGCAGUGGGUCAUGCGAGAUGGCUCGGGCAUGCUCGGCGGCCUCUUCUUCGCGUACGUCGUCGGCCCCAAGUUCGACGCCAACGUCAAGUUUUGGCGGCUGUAUGCGGACGUGAUCAACGAUUUCGGGUUGACGUUGGAUAUGCUGGCGCCGUUCUUUCCCCUCUAUGUAACGGAAAUCCUCUGCAUUUCGUCCGUGUGCAAAGCCAUGUGCGGCGUCGCGGCGGGUGCUACCCGGUCGUCCCUCACCGCUCACUUUGCCAAGCACGACAACAUGGCCGAUAUUGCCGCCAAGGAAGGGUCCCAGGAAACAUUUGUGAACAUGGUCGGGUUGGUGUGUGGUAUGUACUUUGCCAACGCCGUCAACCAGUCGCGGUCCACGGUGUGGCUGGCUUUUCUCGUGCUCACAUUAUUUCACGUGAUUGCUAAUUACAAGGCUGUGAGUGCCUUGUGCAUUCCAACGCUCAACGUACAACGAGCGUUCUUGGCUAUUCGUCGGUAUCGAAGUGGCACCAAACAGUCUUUGUCGGUGGUGGGAAUCAACCAGGCCGAAGUGAUUUGGGGAUCGCGUUUGCCCAUUUCAUUGGGCAGAAACCUCCCUUCCCAUGUUCCGUUGGGAUCGUUAUUGGCGUUGUAUCGGGACGAACAAUACAUUUUAUGGGUCGACGGAUCUGGGCACAGUCAUAUCUAUUUGUCCGUGGAUGCCAGCCCAAGUGAUGAACUGCGCGCGUUCUACCACGCUGUGAUCCUACUCGACCAAUCCACGAGGUCGUCCAGUGCCGCGUACGCCAUGAUGCACCAGGAAUUCCCUCACUUUUACGACACCAUGGCCCAACUCGACUGGAAACUCACGCACGUGCCGCUGGGAGCAGGAUAUAUUCGAUACAACUGGACGAAUUGAAUCGACCAAGCAACUAGCGUCCACUGAAGGGAUAGGAUACUGAUAACGCGAAUAAAGCAGAACGUGUGCAUUGU